AAAGUGACCGGUUUUGUUGUUUCCUGCAACGUCCAUACAUACGUGAUUGUUUUUAGUGUUAAAAGUAAUCGCUUUGUGUUAUUUUUAUAUAUUUUAUUAAUUAUUUUAAAGAGUAUAAGUUUGUGGCAGUGGGACCACAAUGUCCCUGAGAAAAAUCCGGAGAGGAACAAAAACUGACGGUGAAGAUGAUAAAGUGAUGGAACAAGAUAUCAGCAUAAUUCCAAAGACUCCAGAGGAUGGGAAUCGCACUUUAAGAACAAGACGUCAAUUGAAAAUGAAAAAUAUUGAUGAAUCUGAAGUUAUUGACAGUUCCCCAGCAUUGAAUGAGUCAAAACGACCUGGAAGAAAGGUACGAGGGAAAAAAACUGCGGAAACAGCUGAUGAAUCAGUUAAUGUGUCUGUAGUAGCGAGCAGUAGAAAGAGAACGAAAAAAGAUAAAGAUAGUAAUGUUACUUUGUUAACUGAAGAUUCAAUUUUAAAUGAUCAGAGCCAAAUGAAAGAGCCGGUCUCUGUUAAAAAAACUCGGGCUCGUAAACGAGCAGCUCCUGAGCAAGCUGAUGCUGAUAAAAAAUCGGGUGAUGCGGAAAAUGGCCGUGGAGAGGAAAAUGACGGUGAUAUAACAGCCGCAGCAAUAAUUGAGGAUAGUCGCGAUGAAGCAUCAAAUGAAGACAACGAAGUUAAAGCAGUAUCUAAACGAGCUACUAGAAGACAAGCCGCGACACCAAUAAAUCCUCGAACUCGUCAGCUUCGGAAUCGUAAUGUUAAUUCACCGGGUGCUAUUGUAACUCCUGAAAGUAGCCCGAUAACUGUUCAUCUUUCUCCUCAUCGUGCAACAAAGACACCACGAAAAUCCCCGGUUAAUAUCGGAUCACCAAAAACACACACGAUCAGUCCGCAACGAACUUCUAAAACUCCUCGUAAGCUUUCAGUUAUUCCUGACUCACCUAUAUCAUCAGAUAAAUCAUCAAACAAUGAAACUCCACAUACUAAUUCACCGAAGAAUUUAUUUUCUUCUCGGCAGUCUCCGGGACAGUCACCCAAAGUUUCGUUGAGAUCUCCAAGAUCGCUUCAAACUUCUCUCAAGUCUCCAAAAUCUCUUAGAACUUCACUAAAAUUAAUAAAGUCACCUAAACUUUCUUCAAAGUCUCCGAGGUCUCCUGGAGCAAAUUUGAAGUCUCCUAAAUCUCCUAGAACAGCUUCAAAACCUUCAAAAUCUCCUGAAACAACUGCGAAGUCUCCAAGGUCACCUAAAAAUGUUUCAAGAUCUCCUAAAUCUCCCCGAGUAUCUCCAAAAUCCGUCAAUGCUUUGAAAUCUCCAAGGACUCCUAAAAUUUGUUUGAAAUCUCCAAAAUCCAAAAGCCCUCGUGUACUUUCUACUAAAAUAAGAAAAUCUCCAAAAAAAGGUCCAACAACUCCAGUUAAAUCUCCAUCUCCAAAUAAUAAGUCACCUGAUAAACAAAAAUCAAUUGAAUUAUUUAAAACUGAUGAAAAAAUGAAGUCACCGCAACUGGUCCUCCGAAAAUUAACACCUCGCAAACAGGAAGAAAUCAUACAGACACCGAUUAUGAGCCCUAGUGCAUCAGAAAAAUUACCCGAAAAACCAGCUAGCCCCCGGAGAUCAAAGUCUACACUGAAAAAACGGUCAUCAAUAACAUCUUCAGGAACACCAUUAAGACCCAUUCCAACACCUAAACACAACGAUUCAAAAAUAUCUGCUCAUAAAUCUUUUGUCGGUGAUACAAAUACACCUCUAACUUUAUUUGCAAUAAAACAUGGCUCUGGAUUGAUGUCAUCAACGCCGAGAGAGAAAAUUCGUCGCUCAUUGAAUGUCUCUCUCAAUUCAAGCAAAUCCCCAAGUGUUAAAGACAGUCCACUGAGCGUUGAAACUUUUUAUGGUAAAUCACCCAAGACAUCUACUCGUAUUAAUAAUGACACAACAUUUUCUAAAAUUGAUGACGAAACAAAUCCGUUGAUAAGUGACGAUGACUCUUUCGAAAUGAGUGGGAUUAAAACUGUUGAGCAAUCACAAAAAGAUAUAACAUUUACAGCUGAUCAAGAUACUUUGAUAUCUGAAGAUGAAGAUGAAGAUAAAAAUCAUAAUAAUACUUAUGAACUUGACGAGCCACAAACACCGGGAUUGAGAAACAAGAAAAAAUCUGAAAACGAUACCUAUGAAUUGGAUGAACCAAAAACACCUGCUUUACGUAAAAAAAGAAAUGCAGUGGAGACUAGCAUCAUUGAUGCUGUUAAUACUGAGGAACAAGGAAUCAAACGGGUAUGCCGAGUUAGAUUUGCCAGUCCAUCGGCAAAUAAUAUAUCAGUUACUAAUGAAGAGCCUAAAGAUAUAACAGCAAGAACAGCAACUCCUGGAAAUAAAGCUCUGUUGAAAAGAAGUAGAUUCGUAACGUUACGAAAUCCCAAUCAAACGAACAGAACUUCACCACGAAGACGAUCAAAUUCUUUAUCAAAUGUACCUCGGCCGAAACCUCCCAGCACCAAGAAACGUUCGCUAUCGACUAUUGAUUUAACAAGAUCAGCUCAAAAAACGUUACAAAAUGAAUCUGUAAGCAGGUUAAGUAGACCCAGACACUCAGUGCAAUCAGAUAAGAAACCCGAUGCAAAACCACUGUCCGCAAGAAAAAUACCAAAUUUUGCUCAAAUACACCAGAAAAAAUUUGAAAAAAUGGAAUCUGUCGUAGACGCCAAAAAAAGAGUUGAAGAUCGUCACAAUGUACUGACGAAUAAUUUAACGUCGUCAAGUGUUUCUAAACUGAUAACUCCCAGCACUUCAAAAGCAUCAAGUCGGCAAGUGACAAAAGCAACAGCUGCUACAGACAAAGGUUUCAGUCCACGUGAUACUGUUAAUGGUGUCUUCAAUAGAUUUGGUUACAAAGUACGGAAAGAGGAAGCCACUAAAUUAGUUAACAAAAAACUCCCGACCAAAACAAGUGAUGAGAAGAAAACUGAAAAACGUACGAUACUCAAAGGAGUGCGUUCUAAUCGCAGAUUUGAGAUGUUGAUGCAACUGCGUAAAAUGAAUCAAUAAAACCAUAUCAGAAAAAAACUUAUAUUUUUACUAUAGACUAAUUAAUUAAUUAAUUGGUCAGUUAAUUAAUUAAUAAUAUCAUUUCCAUUGUACAGAUAAAUGGAUGAAUAAUUUAAUAUCAAUAGACAUACGUGAAUUAAAAAUUUAUCUUUCCGUCUCAGAGUUUGGGUCUCUUACUAUUAUUUGUUUCGUUACAUUGUAAGUUAAAUCCUUUAUUAGUAACUUUUGAUUUAGUUUAUUAUUAUUAUCAAAGCUUAAUUUUUAUUGCGCGCAUUAUUCAUCUUUUAACUAACAAAAAUGGUCUAAUCAUUGAAAUUAUUUAGGAACUAUAAAUUUAUACUUGACCACUGCACAGUAUAAUAUUAUAUAUUAAGUAAGAGUUAUAUUUUUCAAUGUGCGCGCUAUUUAUCAACAACAAUUCGCUGUAAAUUAGUUUUAAGAUAACGAAAGAAAUAAGAAUAUUGUAUGUUUACAUAAUUUUAAAAAAUAAUUGUAAACUUGUUGUGUAAUAAAAAUGAAAUGUUUCAAACGUCAUAUGUAAUAAAGAAUUUAAUUUUAUAAA